GCAGUUACUAUACAAAUUGCACGUCAGCCUGUGACGCUCCUGCUCCUAACUCCCCUGUAUGUAUGUAUACCUGUGCUGAGGUUCAGAGGCGCAUACGUGUUUCUUUAGCAUUGACAAAUCCCUUCCUUAACACCGUCAUUCAACUAUAUCUCAGGUUAACGCAGGACAUUACAGAGCUCUGUAUUGGCUUCAUAUAAUAUCAGAGCCGAGCCCUGUGGUUCCCGCUUUGGUACGUGUCGUUGACUCGGCGUCAACUAUGAGUUCGUCCGCAAGGAUUUUCUGAGGACUGGAAAAAAAAAUCCGAGGCAGCAGAGGAGAGUUCCUACAUACAAGAGCACAAGGCCAAUCACUCGUCCGCUUUUGGACGGAGAAGAGUUCGGAUAGUGAAGAGACCGGUAAAUGUGAUUUGCCAUGCGAAAGGCGACAUUACAGUUCCCGAGUAGAUGACAACGGCGACGGGUGCCAUCAUUAAGCGCUGUCGGUCCAGGUUGGCUUGUAGCUCAUAUGCUUAGAGCUCAAUAAAGUAACAAGCGCGAGGAUGCGAGGGCGGGGUGGAGGCGCAUGACAACAGAUAGGGAGAAAACAAAGCAGUAAAGUGAGGAGUUGACGGGCGAUCCAUAAGUCAUCAAAUGCCGAUCGUGGGAAGUUUACGAAGCUACCUGUGGAUUUGUGCUACAGCGCAAGGUGCUGCCAAGGAGGGGGUGCCGUUUUAAGACCGCCCGCAAGGGCAGAGAGAUAGAAGUAAAGAGAGCGGAUGCGUAAUUCUCCUACAGAUGCGAGAGCGAGAUACGACGAAAUGAGUCGCGAAUCUGAGAUGCCUGCAGCACCAGGAGGAGGAGGAGGAGGAGGAGUGGAGCUCGGAGCUACCGGCUGGGAACGCAGCAGGUCACUGUGGGGAGGGGAGCCCAGGGAGCGAGAGCGCAGACGGUAGCAUUCAAACUGUAGAGUUCGUUGAUCUCUAAUAAUAGAAUUUUCUUUCGUCGUUUUCUCUAGAUCUCCAGCCCCCCGCGAUAUGCGACCUGCUGCUGCACCGAUGCCAGACGUGAACUGUAACUCGUGCUUGAUUUGCGACCGGUGAUGAGUCGAGACAUGCACUACUGGUUAGACAAUUAUCUGACCGCCUUUGAUUAGCUGCCCGCGCGCACUGCCGAGGAGUAAUUAGCGGCUCCGGGCUUGCAGCUCGCAGCUGGACCAGGGUCCCCUGCGUGCAUGUGCAUGCUGACUGAUACUCUUCCCGGCUCCUGGCGAAAAGAUCUCCCUACAGCACGAGCCCUACAGCAGCCCGGCUUCCGCCCGAGCUUUGCCUAUAUUAUGGCAUCAUUGACAACUUCCAAGUCGUCAAUCACUCAGAGUCUGCCGUCGGUGAAUCCCCCAAUUCUUCCACUCUCGCGUUCCCCUCCUCCCUUCCUGCAUUAGACGUCCGUCCUCUCAGCUCGCCCCAAGAUCCUCGGCGAACGUUGUUCCAGUCUUACGGACAAGCCCUCAGAUUGCUGAAGAAGUUACGGUAAGGUCUUCGUGUCGAGGAAUUCUCAGCGCAAGGCCGACUGAUUUCGCAGCUGAGGUAGCUCAGAUGGUAUCUGGAGCUGGCUUGACUCGAGCGGGAAGUUAAGCAGGUUUCGAGUGCUGAUACUCACAUCUCGGUGCUCCCGACGCAUUCGAGCGGCAGUUAGCAUUCAGUUCUUGGCAUGCACCAGGCUUCGUCCACUUUCAGUAGCUGGCUGCGUCCCUGACCUCGCGGAAGCCCGGGUGCAUUCGGGAACGCGCAGCGCAGCCAUCUCUGGCUCUGAUUACCACCUCGUCGUCGCCUGCAUUCUCAUCACAAUAUGCCCUCUUGGCGUCGGUCGACUUCCUCGUCGACGACAUAGCAUCUGCCCCUCACCAGUUGUCACCUGCUUGCACACGGAGCAACGUCGCAGGACCGAAGGCAAACGAGCUGUUUUCCUUUCACCGUUACGAGCGAGCCUGCGUGGGUCGGAAGUGGUAGCCGAUCAGAGCGAUUUCGGCACAAGUCGAUCGGCGCGGACCUCAGAUUUUGGAGAUUUUCAUGUCAAAAAGCUGUGAGGAUACGGUCUACCGAUAGUGGAGAGAGUACUGGUGUGAGUGACGAAGCGUAGUGUCCACAGCACCGAGGUGAAGUCGAGACCCGAGAGCAGCCUCAGCGAGCCGCAUUGUCGAAAUGGAUCCCAAUUCCACAUCGUGGGUGCUCAAGCAGGGCUACCUGCUUCUCAUAGCCGCCUCGCUAGCAGCUGGCUCAGUGGCAGCAGCCGUGAUGUAUAGGCUGUACUACCUGAUGAAUCCCAAACGCAAAGCUGCGUCGAGCUGGCCGCCAACGCCUCCUGGGUACCCAAUAUUCGGGCAUCUCCACCUUCUGGGGGCGCAGCCUCACAUGGACAUGUUCAAGCUAGGACAAAAGUAUGGUCCCUUGUUUCACCUCCGCAUGGGUUGCACGGAUGCGCUCGUCGUUUGCUCUGCUGCCAUGGCGAAGGAGGUUCUCAAAAUUCACGACCGAGCGUUUGCGUCACGUACCAAUGGGGCCUGCGUCGAGAUUUUCUCCCACAACUUUCAGGACGUCGCCGGUGCUCCCUACGGCGCGCAUUGGAGAUCGAUGCGAAAGAUCUGCCUGCUGGAGCUGUUUACUCCGAAGCGACUCGAGUCGUUUCAGUACAUGAGGAACGAGGAAACCUCGUCCCUGGUGCAGAACAUGCUGGAGGAGUCCCACUCCGGCAACGCUGUGACUAUGAGCCUGAAGCUCACGCAGCUCACAUUGAAUGUCGUGACGCGGAUGGCCAUGGGCAAGAGCGUCAUCCGUUGGGGCUGCGGGGCCGAUGUUGCAGCCGAGUCCAAGAAGUUCCGUGACAUUAUUCAGGAGAUUUUCGUUCUGUCCGGCAUUGUGAACAAUCUGGGUGACUAUUUUCCAAGCCUCCGACGUUUCGACCUGCAAGGUUACGAGAAGCGCAUGAGAGCUGCCGUUCGAAGAUUCGACGACGUUGCUUACCAAAUGAUCGACGAGCAUCGGAAGGAGAAGAGGGAGCUGGCACAGUCCACAGACUUGUUGGACGUACUGUUGUCUCUUCCCGCCGGCGAGGAUGGAAAGCUGAGUGAUGUGAAAGUAGUAGCAGUCAUGCUGGAUAUUUUGACUGCAGGAGUGGAUACGUCCUCUAGUACGAUCGAGUGGGCUUUGACUGAACUCAUUAAAGAGUCCGAGAAAAUGAAGAGGGUGCAGGAAGAGAUCGAAUCAGUCGUUGGGACUGAGCGCAAAGUGGAGGAAUCUGAUCUCCCGAACUUCCCCUACCUCUACGCCAUUGUCAAGGAGACACUCCGUCUCCACCCUCCGGCCCCGUUGCUACUUCCUCACGAGUCCAUUGAGGCGUGCAAAUUGCAGGGCUACAACAUUCCUGCCAAAACUCGUCUAUAUGUGAAUGUGUUCGCAAUUGGCAGGGAUCCAACAGUGUGGGAUAGGGCGCUGGAUUUUCUCCCAGAACGAUUUCUUGAGUCACAAAUCGACUGCAGAGGGCAAAAUUUUGAGCUCCUGCCUUUUGGCUCGGGCAGGCGGAUAUGCCCAGGAAUGAGCUUGGGGUUGUCCAUGGUGCAGCUGACACUCUCUCGCCUACUUCACAGCUUCGACUUCGAACUACCUGCUUGGCAAAAGCGCGAAGACAUUGAUAUGAACGAGACAUUUGGUCUCACUUGCUACAAAACUGAGCCCUUGCAGCUGGUGCCCAAGCCACGAUUGUCAACCUGCAAAUUAUAUUGAUUAGCUACUUACGCCUCUUGACGCAAGUGUAAGAGUGAGCAGUGUUGGUAGGUUGUGUACAUUUACAUAUAUUAAAGUUCGGAACAAACUCGAACUUGCGAGUGAAAAGCGAUGUAAACCAUUCACAUACUUUAUUACAGAAAGUAUAUCAAUGAGAUUUAGUCGCAAUAGAUUAGGCAGAGAGGAAAAAUCCUACAGGCCCAUACAUGUGCAAGUGAAUGCAUACCGCGUUAAACCUGAGAGUUGAACCGGAUUACAUAAUCAUCCAGGAGAAUGCGGCUAUCAACGCAACUAGAAAAGACACUAAAGUUGUCAACAUGGCACUCAGAUGAUUCAGCUCAGCACUUACUGUACUCUUCUAUUCAAAUAACGUGAUUUAUAUUC